AUGCUUCGUGUUUUGACACUUUUCCAUCUCGUCGGUAUAGUACUGCUUCAAAACGUAUUAGCAUCACCUAAUGAUGAUGAAGAUGGUAUAUUUCAAGUCGCAGUGCGUACUAAUAACAUCGGUCGAAUUAAAUAUGAAGAUGGUGAAGUGAUCCUUUCGCAAAAUCAACACAAACCAACAGAUAUCUUCUUCACACCAUUUCCUCGCAUUAAUCCGACUGACAAUGAGUGCCGAGAAAAUCUACUAAGCGACCAUAUGGAGCUGGUUUUAUCGGUCGGACUCUAUACUCCUAAAUUGAUUCGAGCGGUAGAUACUUAUAUGAAAGAGCGUUUUUCAGCACUUUGUAAAUUAAACGGAACGUGUGAUAUAUCUUUAUUGCCGAUGAACGCUAUUCGACUCGUUCAAAAGGGAUUGCGAACGAAUAAAGCUCGACAACAAUAUACAAUUAACGAUGAAUGGCAUUCCAAUACCCUUCUUCUACAAACAAUUGAAUUCAUUAUAUAUACGGCAAAUAAAAGCGUUUGCGAAAAACUUCGUUCAUCGAUUGCUGAACGGUGUCAUUUGUCCAACUUCGAAGUACGGUAUUCUCUUCAUGCGGAAAAGGCAAUUGAACGACAAGUAGAGAUCACUUCCGAACAAGUCACGAAUACAUCGAUGUUCAAUCGAAUUCGAUCCCAAUUUUCAAGAGCCGACAUGGUGGUAUUGACUGGCAGUGAUUUCAAACAGUUGAUCAGUGAAGUCAGUGACAGUAUUAGUAUGAAAGUUCGGAUACAAGAAGGCUUCGAUAGUCAAUUACAAGAACCAAUUGGUCUCGAUAAGCUACUUGAACGACAACUUCAGUUUAAACAGGUACAAUUGAACAAAUUGAGCGAUCAACUGUGGGACUCACUCUAUUGGACACCCGAACUAACUCGACCUGAUCGUUUGGCUAAAGCAAUCAAUACAGUCGUUCGAAAAAACUCGACCGACGGUAAUCAUUUCCUCUACGACUGUCAAGCAGCUAAGAAUAUUCACAAGCUCGAUUUAAAUCAACAUGAUAUCGAUCGAUUUGAACAACUCGAUAAAUUACUGACAAAUCAUCAGCACUCUUCAUCAUCGUCUAAUACUGGCGGAGGCAGCUUUCAAGCGAGUGGAGGAUUAAGCUUUCUUGGCCUCCGACUCGGUGGCAGUGGCGAUGGAUUGUGUCAGCUUGGCCUUGGUCAAACGGUGGUCAACAUCACAAAAAACAUAUCAGGCAAUAACAUUUAUCUUGAUGCCCUGCAAGGUCGAAAUGUUGGCUGUAGUGGAGUACCACAAUUCUUUUUCGCAUAUCAAUCUGCUGACAGUGAAAAGUAUAGUGUUGGACAAAUUUUAGGUGGAAUCAGUCAAGCAAGUUCUGUGUUAGAAAUGAACAGUCGUGUACCAACAAUAUGUGUUCUAUCUUCUCAAUCAACUUGGUCACACUCUGCUAUUACAUUAGCUGGUAAUUCUGCAGGCAUCUCUGGUUCUGACGGAUCGCAUCUCAAUACUCCAAUUCCAUUUUAUUAUGAUCAACCUAAUAAUCUCAUAAUUGUUGGUGAUAAUGGUAAUAGUCGUGUUAUACAGUUUCAUCUCAACAAUCCAUCUUCAAAUGGAACGGUGAUUGCUGGUGGUAACGGAUAUAGUUGUACUAGUCUCAAUCAAUUUCACAAUACUGUUGGUAUAGCUCUUGAUAGCUCUCGCCAUUUAUAUGUAUCAGAUUCGGGUUGUAGUCGAAUCCUUAUGUUUCCACCAAAUUCAAAUUCAUCAACAUUUGGACACAUCUUCGGUGGUUAUGAUUGCGAAGAAUAG